UUUAAGGAACUCCACCCUAGGUGGAGUCCUAUGAUAGUCACACCUCUCCUCUGGGCCUAGCCCAGCCAGAAAAAGACGGAGUCACUCCACCCACUCAGGUUGCCUAGAGAUCACUUUAGGUUCUGACCCGUGUGGGGCGCGAGGUCCCCAGUGGGGCAGCUAGGUAGCUCCAAGAAAUCCGGCGCCAGAGGACCUGCACGAGUUGCUGCCAUUUUUCGCUGAAGCCCCUGCCCUGGGCUGAUGUUCUAUAUGUUUCUAGCGAUCAUCGGCAUUUUCUCCUCCCUUCUUUCUUUUUAGGAAGGCGCUGGGGUGUGCGGCGGCAACAGCGGCGGUGAAGGGAUCCUCUUGUGAUAUCUCCUCGUGGGUUCCCGUCUUGAAAGAUUCCUUCUCCGCCUCAACUUUGUGUUCAACUGGGAGAAAAAGGGGAGGUGGGGGGCCGAGAAGGAGAAGAAGAGAGCGCGUCGCUUGGCGCGCUGUCAGACAGGGGCGGGUGUGAGGGGAACAGCUGUCUUGAGAUCAGCUCAGGAGUAUGAGCCUCCCGGAGGACGGCAUGAGCUCUGGACAUUUCAGGAGUCCUCAGCUAGUGACAUGGGCGAUGUGGAUCUACUCAUAAACAACUUGGAGGUCCAAUUUAAUUCAGAAGGUGGCUCAAUGGAGGUAUUCAAACAGGUCACUGACCCUGUUCAAAUCAGGGAUCCCAGUGAGACAGCAGACAGAAAUAAUAUGACAUCGCCAUCACUCCUGGGUGCCAACCCCAUGGAGAACCCAGCACUGUUUAAUGACAUCAAGAUUGAGCCACCAGAAGAACUUCUGGCUAAUGAUUUUAGCUUGCCCCAGGUGGAACCUGUCGACCUCUCCUUUCACAAGCCCAAGGCUCCUCUUCAGCCUGCUAGCAUGCUGCAAGCUCCAGUACAUCAUACCAAGCCACAGUCUGCUCCCCAGGCCCUUGUGGUGUCCACUUCAAAAUCUGAUACAAGCACUUCAGCAAACAUCCCUACUGUUCUGACUCCAGGCUCUAUCCUGACCUCCUCUCAGGGCACUGGUGGCCAGCAGAUCGUACAUGUGAUUCACACUAUCCCCUCAGUCAGUCUGCCAAAUAAGAUGGGUGGCCUGAAGACCAUCCCUGUGGUGGUGCAGUCUCUGCCCAUGGUGUAUACUACUUUGCCUGCAGAAGGGGGCCCUGCAGCCAUUACAGUCCCACUCAUUGGAGGAGAUGGCAAAAAUGCUGGAUCAGUGAAAGUUGACCCUACCUCCAUGUCUCCACUGGGGAUUCCAAGUGACAGCGAGGAGAGUGCAACUGAGAGUGGAUCCUCCACCUUACAGAGUCUGCAGGGACUACAGCAAGAAUCAACAACAAUGGCCCAAAUGCAGGGAGAAGAGUUGCUUGACUUGAAGAGAAGACGGAUUCACCAGUGUGACUUUGCAGGAUGCAGCAAAGUGUACACCAAAAGCUCUCACCUGAAAGCUCACCGCAGAAUCCAUACAGGAGAGAAGCCUUAUAAAUGCACCUGGGACGGCUGCUCCUGGAAAUUCGCUCGCUCAGAUGAGCUCACCCGCCAUUUUCGCAAGCACACAGGCAUUAAGCCCUUCCGGUGCACAGACUGCAACCGCAGCUUUUCCCGCUCUGACCACCUGUCCCUGCACCGCCGGCGCCAUGACACCAUGUGAACAGCAUAGGCUGCACUAGAGAAGCUGUGCUGUUCUCUUUCCUGUGUGUGUGCUGAGGUCAAGACUAUUUUUUUCUAUUUGACUUCAAUGUGUUUCUGGGAUGGAGUUGAAGCAGCCCACUGAGCCAGGUGGAGGACACUGGAGGAAAAGAUAGCUUGUCUCCCACGGAGCUCUUCAUAUUACUUCACCUCUGCACUCCCCA